AUGAAUUUUUUUUCAAGCAAACCCAAUAUAAGGAGCACUAAAUCUGAAGUCAUCCAAAAAGCAAACAACAAUAAUGAUAGCUGCAGCAUUGAUAAUGGUACCCAUGUUGGGGGGAACUAUACGAGCAGCCACCAUAUCGGUAGUAACAACGUAGGCGAUGACGGAAAAAUGCAAAAUGACGGGGGCAGUGGCAAUUUUCUACUUGAAGAUAGCAGCGGUUUCGCGUACUCCAACUGUGACGCUGAUAAAAUGUCUGAAAUCCACUACAGUAACAAAGCUUACGACCCCCAGUAUAGUAUGUACAUGAAUAAAAUAGCAAACCAGGUGAGGUCUACAAGAAACCACACAUCUUCCCACAGAAUAUAUUCGCCCAGAUCCCAAUCCAUAAAUCUAUUCGCACCAAAAGUGAAUAGGACAUCCAACAUAUCGAGAAAUUUUGAUGACAGAUUAUCGUACAUUUCGUUCUACACCAAUAACAAAAAAAAAUUAAACAAAACUUCCAUCCUGGAGCCCCAUGAUAACUUCAAAACGCAGGCCAAUUCGCAGAUCGUGGAACAAUCCCUAGACUUACUUAAACAUCUAGUAAAUCAGGAAAAUAGGGAGCAAUACUUGUCCGCACAAGAAAAGGAUAAAAAAAAUAAAUUAAUAUUAAAACUGAUUGAUCAAGCUAAAAGAAAUGAUGAAAGGGCACAUGUGUCGCAAACAGAAUGUGCCAGUAACAAUUCCAUUGAUAAUUAUCAAAAAAGAAUGGAUAUGUUACAUUUAAAAUUUAUGAAAUUAAAAAAUGAAUAUUCUCAACUUAAUAACGAAAAUGUUAUCCUAAAAAAACAAAUAAGGAAUAUAAAGGAUAAUUAUCAUAUGAUAAAUUCGAAAAGUGCUACCGUUUCCUUCCCCCGCGGAUCCAUAGAGGAGGAACCACUUCGAAGUAACGACAGCUGGCACAGCAGCAACGUCGGCAAGAACAACAGCGGCAACACUGACAAAAUCGGAAACGUUAAUAAUGAACAGAGGAUCAAGCAACAACAGGGGGAAAGAGUAACGUUAAACAAAACAAUCAGUAUUAACAACGUACAAGCACCUGUGAUUCCAUCAUUUCAGAAGAAGAAAUUAGUAGAUUGUCAAGUCCAAACAGAAUGCAACUUAAUGAGCCCUAUAGCAGACAAGCCCGAUGAUACAAAAGUAGGAGGUCCACACUCAAACCUCAAGGUGAGUGGCAAUCAUUUAAAUUCCACCUUCUUAAAUGAUAGUUAUAUUAGCAAAUUACGAGAACAAAUUAGAAAUGAAGUUACACAAGAAAUCACCAACAAGGUAGAGCAAAAAUAUAAAGAGGAACUGCACAUGUUGAGACAGACCAUAGAGAAUUAUAAGACGAAGAGUUCAAAUGUUGCGGAAGAAAGUUCCAUUGAUAAUCUACUAAAGAACACUAAGCAUAAACUGGAUGAACAAGUAAAGGAGACAAUUAACAAGUAUAAAAAUAACCUUUUCGAUCACCUUAAGGAAUUAAUAAAUGAAGCUAGCCAGGGGGGGAAAAGUACGGGUCAGAUGAAUUGCCAGGGGGAUGAAAUUGCUACAGAAAACGUGAACAUUGGAGUGGAUAACUUUUCUUCCCUCCCCUUUAAUGACAAAAUUAAUGAAUGCAUAAAGUUGUUCGAAACUAUCACCCAAAAACAAAUAAGCGCUAGGAAAAUAAAGGAGAAAAGGCGGGACAACAAUAGUAGCAUAAUCAGUGCCCUUAACGACAUAAACACAGACAUAAACGAUAUUGACAAUAUGAUCGAUAAUUUGCAUGCAAAUAUUUCACAGGAUCAUUUUUCUGACGAUGCAGAAAGCCGUCCAGGAGAGCUGGACCUUUUAGGGAAAGCGACCUCCUUUAAUGACGAUUUAGAUUUGGAGGAAGAAGCCAGUCCUAGAACAUUAGGUGGAGCGCUUGAAAGUGGUGAAGAAGGCGAACUGAAGGAGGAAAUAACUACCAGCAUGGAUAAAGCGAUAAAAUGCUCCCAAAGGGGAGAAAAAAAUGCUUAUAAUAUUGACGAUCCAAUGACUGUUCGUAACGAUGGUGGCAUAUUUAAUAGGAAGGGAAUAAGUAGUACCGACGGGGACCUCUCCCAUAGGAAUAACUUUCAUGUGGAUAGCCACCCAUCCGAUAACAAGAUUGACGUGAUGGGCAAUAUGACGAUGGAGAUUAAUCCUUUUUUGGAAGAGACAGUAGAAGGUGGAGAAAAACCUUUGAUUGACGUGAGAAGUAAAAAUGCGAAUAUGGUUAUGCAUCAUUCGGAGGGUGAUGUGCCAGGUGGGAAUCAUACCGGUGUGCAUUUUGACAUUCAUUCCGAUGUGCAGUUCGAAUUCCGUGUUGAUCAAAACGUGGGAGGGGAGACAAAUGUACACUUCAUCGAAACUCCCGAAGGUGUCUACAAAACAGGGCACAUUGUAGAAGGUAUGGAGGAAGAGAAUUUUAAUAAUGAAAAGAUGCUCCAUAGAGAGGAAAGCUCUCAUAACUUCGCAACGAACGAUAAUAACGCUUAUGACAAUCCCAAGGGGGAUUUCCCAAAGGGGGAAGAGAACGAAGCUAUACCAACAGAAUUGGCCGAUGGCAAAAAUAAAGAUAGCGUAGACACUGAAAAGGAAAAGAAAAAGAGCAAAUGGAAAAAUAUUUUCACCAGCAAAAAAACGAAAAAGAAAAACUUAAGUGACAAUUUCGGCGAUGACACAGAAUUGUGGUCGAAAAAUGAAAAUGAUGAAAAAAAUAUUAAAGGAAACAUCAAUGAAGAAACCUUUUACAACAGUACGAACGGUAGUAAAGCAAAUAACACCCUGCCGAAUAAGGUGCAAAUUGAGGAGGGAGAAAUAGACGUUAUAAUGAAUGGUGUAAAUAAUGCCAAGCAGAUUGAAAUUCACAGUGACCUACAUAAAUUUGCAUCUAUCAGUUAUCAAUCUAGCCAACCGUUUAUGAACAGAUCAGGAGAUGGAAACGGAGAGAAGGAUCCAGAAAGUGCAUGCAACGUGAAUAAGGGAGGCGAAGAAUUCAAGCAUCACAAUGCGAAUGGAAUGAUUAAUAACGUUAUGGCAGUAAAUUGUACUAGUAAAAACUACGGUGAUUACAACCCCCACGUGAGUAACGACAAUCAUUUCGUCGGUAAGGAAAAGUUUAACCAGUCUGAAACCACCCCCUAUGAUAGUAGCAACCGUAGAGCUCAAUUUAACCCAUUUAAUCACCAGAAUGAUGAAAAUGUGGAAACUAAUAACGCGUAUAGUAUGUCAAGUGGAAAUAAUCAACACAUGUAUCAAAGUAAUAACGAAACAGCAAAUGGACCUAAUUACAAUACGAACGGUGACUACUCAAGUAACUACUCCGUAUAUUCAUACAACCCAGCUACUUAUAACAAAACCGGUUUUCCUUCACGAAACGAAGAAAGACAUGAAGAUAAGCCAAUGUAUAAGGAAGAAUGUAACAGUGUACAAAUUAUGAACAAUAGUGAGGAUAUGUAUCGAAAGGAUAAUUUCCUAUUUAUAGAAAAUAAUAAUAAGGCUUUUGCAAAACCGGGAGGGAAUUAUCAAAAUAACGAAAAUGCAAAUUUCGUCAAUUUUUACAAUGACCAUGUGGAUGGUAAUAAUGUAAACAACGGUCCCAAUUGUACAGACAAAGUGAAUAAACAGUACGAUUUCUUUUACAAUUUGAACGAGCCCAAUGGAGAAAGGAAGCAGUACACCACUUGGGGAAAUCAAAACAGCAAGACCGCUUGUAUAAACAGCUACAAAUGGGAAGAACAGUUUGGUGAAACGACUGAAAGAAGCCCUCCAAAUUAUUACAGCAAAACGGCCAACAUAAAACGAGUAAAUAGCAGUGCAAUAAAUACGACUAAGACAUUCACCAGUGAUUUGUCGCAAAAUGGCCAAGUCAAUUUAUCCACGAAGAGCGAAGUGCACUAUAACUCAUUCCAGGCACAAAAAAAUAAAACAAAAAAAAAUUUAGAAGACCUUUUUGCCUAG